GGUGGCAUUCAAAUCUUUAAAAGAGAGAGAAAGAAAAUGAGAAUUGUUGGAUGCUGGGUGUCGGCUCCGGAGGCUCUAUAACAUGCCACCAAACUCUGCGUGUGGCGCGCGUCCUCUUCCAUUUCGAUGGACGCAACCCUAAUAAAAACCCUUCCGUAACCCCUCCCAUGACCCUCUCCCUCUCCAUCUCCCAUGGUCACAGACACCAAACCCCGCGGCCUCGUCGUCGGCAACUACUGCCAUGACGUCCUCCACCGCGACGGCCUCCCCGUGGCCCAAACCCUGGGCGGCGCCGCCUCCUUCGUCUCCGUCAUCCUGGACGCCCUCUCCCUCCCCUUCCUCACCGUCUCCAAGGUGGGCCCGGACUUCGCCUACAGCCCCACCCACCCGCCAAUCACAAUCCCCUCUUCCCAAACUACCCUCUUCCACGCCCACUUCGGUUCCCCCCACCCCGACCGCUCCCUCCACCGCAUCCGCGCCUGCCACCCCAUCCGGCCCUCCGACCUCCCCGACGGGCCCACCUUCGCCUUCGGAAUGGCCGUCGGGGUCGCCGGCGAGAUCCUCCCGGAGACUCUCCACAAAAUGCUCGAGAUCUGCGACCGCGUCUUCGUCGACGUCCAGGGCCUGAUUCGCAGGUUCGACUCCCGCGACGGGAGCGUGCGACACGUGGCGCUCAGGGAGAGCGGGUUCCAUCACCUCCUCCCUCGGGUCGCCUUCCUCAAGGCUUCCGCCGACGAGGCUCGGUUCGUCGAUGUGGAGGAGGCUAGAAGGUGCUGCUGCGUCGUCGUCACGCACGGGAAGGACGGCUCCGAGGUGUUCUGCGGAAACGGUGCGUUCAGCGUCGCGCCGUUUGAGGCGGAGCAGGUUGAUCCCACCGGCGCUGGUGACUGUUUUCUUGGCGGGUUCGCUGCUGGGAUUGUGAGGGGCUUGGCCGUGCCGGAUGCGGCUUUGUUGGGGAACUUCUUUGGGGCGUUGGCUGUGGCGCAAGUGGGACCGCCCAAGCUUGAUUUCGGCUUGCUUCAGAUGGUUAAGGAUGAGAUGCACAAAAGGAAGGUGCAGGAUAUUCCCGACUUAGAAAGAAGAGAUGAGUGGCCGGAGUCUCAGAAGCCACCUGAACAAGACCAAUUCUAUGUUUCUCUUGUUACCGCCAAAGCCAUAAUUAUGUGCCAGAUUGAAGAAUCUGGACGGAAUCUACUAAGCUCUCCUAAAGUGUUGGAACAAAGUAAUGUGAAGACAAGACUUUUAGUGAAUUCUGUGCACGAGGAAAAAAUUCCAAUUGUUGAUGCUAAACCCUAAUAUGGGAUGGUUGGAGUUCCAAAUCCCACUGCAAUUCUACAGUGCCCUUCCAGGAAUUUAUCAUUUUAUGGUGCCUUUUGUACACCAAGUCACACGUGCGGCCUAAUCUGUAGUUCUAGUUGUGCUAUAUUACUAAUAAAUUAUUCUUAAAAAAAAAUAAGAGCUAGAAAUUCCAUUUAUGUUUGUAUGCCUUGCUAUAUAUACUUUUGUGGCCUUUUCUUCUGAUGAGUUUCGCUCCCUGAAUGAUUAAAAGAAAGAACAAACUCACAAUACAUUGGUAAAGCCCGUUCAAAUGUAAUUGGACAUCGCUCCAUUUUGCGAACUUCA